ACAGCGCACUGCUGGAGAAAUUAGGUAUUUAUAUUUACUUCUGUUCAAUUUUAUUCCAGUUAUAUUAGGAAAGCAUUUGGACAUCGUUUGAUGAAUUUGAAUCCAUAACGAUUUUCUCCAAAAAAUUGAGUAAAAUGUCACCAACUUGUAGAAGCUAAACCGAGAUAGUCGAUUGCAACAAGUGUUGAAACUUUCACACAUCAAAGUAUAAAUCCAGUGCAUUAUGUGCAGAGAUCAGUCACUACUAGACUAAGCAGAGCAGUCAAUAACAAAGCAGGGGCUGAUACAUUAUGGCGCCCCCGCACUGUGAGAUCCGAUUCGAUGACAAUCCGCAAGGCGUCUUCCAAGGUGGACAAACCCUGACCGGCUCCGUAGUACUGCGCCUGGACAAACCUAUACUGGUUAAUGACUUCAGAUUAGUUAUUUCCGGAAGUGCGGAUGUUCGUUGGAAUGUGCUAAGGAGCAGACAACGAAGUGUGACCUACGUCGGGAAGGAGGAACUGUUACGUGCCGAAACCAAAUUGAUCCCACAACGCGAUGAAAGCACUGAAAUAGCGGCUGGCGUUCACGUGUACAACUUUGCCAGCCCAAUUCCUUUAAAUGUGCCUACAUCAUUCGAAGGGGAAUGUGGUAAAAUUCGAUACACGGUUCGUGCCAUCCUUGAUCGCCCAUGGAAAUUCGAUCAGACGUGCACCGCGGCCUUCACAGUUUUGAAACCACUAGACCUCAAUCACCACAUCAGCAAUUUAAAAGUACGCAAAAAGCAAAAACUGAUCAAAACGUUUUGUUGUUGGCCCUGUGCAUCGAAUCCACUUCACAUUCAAGUGGAAAUACCCAUGUCGGGAUAUGUUUCCGGUCAGAAAAUCCCUAUCACGGUUUCUCUGAACAAUACCAGCAACACUAGGGUUACGGGCAUUAAAAGCAGCCUACAACGAAAAGUGUCCUACAUAAGUCAACAUCCAAAGCAGAAAACUCGUGUGAUGAGCAAAUUCCUAUCCAACGAUUGGACAGCAGUUACCCACGACGAAUCCGCCACAUACCUAAUAGAGCUAGAUGUACCCGAGGUUGCACCAACAGGAAAGUGUUCCGUUCUUGUCAUAGAAUACCUACUUGUGGUAAUAGUUUAUGUGAGCGGCUUACAUUUGAAUUCGAGAGUUGAACUUCCAAUCACGAUUGGUACGAUCCCAUUCCCGUCAUCACCAACGGUGUCAACAACCACAGCAACUGUCAGUAAUGAACAGACUGAUGAAACGUUAACUGCCAUAGUACUUCCGCUCUCUGUCGCCAACGAUGAAGCACUCCCUCCGUCUUAUGAGGAAGCCAUGAGUGGCUUGACUAUAAACAUAAACGAUGAUCACCCCAGUGCCAUCUGAUACCAGACGUGCGAUGCACAAGUUUCAUAUACAAAUGAUUGAAUCUAAUCUGUAUACCAUAACAUUUGUGUAUUUAUUUAUUAUAUUUAUUAAGUGUGCCUAUUGCGAUUUAUGUUUUUAGUAUUUAUUGCAAUGAAAUAUACAUCAUAAAAAUACUGAA